AUGGAGGGAAUACAUGAAAGUGAUGGAGAACUGGGAAGAUAGCCACAAAAAGGUGAAGUCACUUUCUAAAGAAAAGAAGUAAGUCAUUUCUUAAACGAGCUAGAAGUAAAACUUGGUUUUAGAUUCUUAAGGGAGAAAUUAGAUUACUUUAUAUCAACCUCACAUCUAAAUGUAUCUGAUGAAAUUUUGACAGCGGCAAUAAUGGCCAAGCAUAAUGAUUUAGCAAUAGUGAGUACUACAACUAAUAGCAUGGUGUAAUAGGGAAAGCAUAAUUAAGGUGCAAACUUACCAGCAUCAAACAAUCACUAGAAUUUGAGCAACAACGCAGGAGGAUCUUCAAAUCAAAUUCAAAAUCAUCACCAAUCAUCAAUGAUACAUCUUUAGUAACAAUAAAAGAGAAAGAAGAAGGAUCAUCACAAUCCAAACUAUGGAGUGAUGCCUUCGCACUUACCAUAGCCUAUUUUUGGAACUACUGAUGUCAGUAAAACUCAUCUUUAGCACAACAAUAGUAACCAAUCUUAACAUGGAUAAAAUGCAAACUAGCAGCAUAUCUUUUAGUCUACAAAUAUUAAUGCUCCCAUUCAAAUGUUCCAGACUUAACAGCCACCUUAGUAUGCAAAGCAGAUUCCAUCUUACUCAGAAUAGUAGCAAAUUACUCAACAAACGAGAGUAUUUAAUACUGUCCAGCAUCUACCUUAAAAUCAUGGUCAGAAUGGUGCAAGCGUCAUGCAACCACCAAAAGGAAGUAGCAUAAACCAUUAAUAGUUUCCACCCUAAGUUCAAUAACUAUAACAACAAGUAAUUGUGAACCAAAAUGGAAUGAUGAUGGACAGUCAACUAAAUGGGAUGGCUGGCAGCGUUGGAUAAACUAUUCAGUCAUAGUACAAUUCUCUAUCUUUAGAAAGGUAACUAUCUUGA